AUGGAUCCACCUGCGAUCCCCUCCAAACCAGCUCUGGCUGGCGCAGUUGCAAGCGGCUCGCUGGAAAACCAGUCCAAGGGAUUAGGAAGAACAUGGGCGUAUGUUCUUGCGCUCCCAGGGGCAGCUUUCCUCCUUACAGUAGCUGCAGGCAUGCUUGUGAUGCUGCGGACUCCAGCAAAUGCUGCGAUAGGUCCUUGGAGGACUGGACUAAGUGGUCAAUUGCAGAAGGCAUUUAUAAUAGGCAAGUCUUCUCUCUCUCUCUCUAUCUCUGUUCCAUGAGUUGCAUUGCUCUAGAGAAAGGCCAGAAUCAUGGGUAAUUAUAGAAAUUCGUAAACUUCUUAUGACAAAAAUAAAUGAAAAUAUUCAAUGACCCACAAUACAUUUUUUACAGAGGUGUGAAUAAAUAUUUAAUUGAUGCCUGAAAAUUAAGAAAAACGGAUUCUUGUUGAUUUCCAGGAGUUCCGAAGCUCAACCGAGCCGAGCUGGAGGCGGCCUGUGAAGAUUUCAGCAACAUCAUACAUUCUUUCCCGGACUGCACAAUCUUCAAGGGCACAUUAUCGAGUGGGGUUGAGAUAGCAGUUGUCUCCACAGCCGUUGCAUCUUCUAAAGACUGGUCGAAGAGCUCCGAAGUGCUUUUCCAGAAAAAGGUCUAGAAUCUUGGUAUUCUUUGUGAUCAUACCAUCUCUCGCACUAUCUGCGUUAGAUUGAAUCCCCCCCUCCCCCCAACGCCCUGGACUGAUCAAUCUCUUUUGAUCUUUCUGGAACUAAAGAUAGACAGUUUAUCGCGGGUGAACCACAAGAAUUUCGUCAAUCUGCUCGGGUACUGCGAGGAGAACGAGCCUACUUUUAUGAGGAUGAUGGUCUUCGAGUAUGCCCCUAAUGGAACACUGUAUGAACAUCUUCAUGGUAAUUCCACCUGCCCAUUUGCGAUGUUUUUCAUGGGAAUUUGCCAAAAUUAGGAACGACACGAGAGGUUUUUUUCUAAAAAAAAUCUCUUUAUUUAAGUGGGUACGCAACUUAAAUGUUGUCGGGAAAAAAAAAGUGUUCUUUUUUUCAUUUUGACCAAAUCGGAGGAUAAAUUCUUUCUCUUCUUCUUCAGUCAAGGAGCUCGAGCAUCUGGACUGGGCCAUGAGGACGAGGAUCAUCAUGGGGAUCGCAUACUGUCUCCAGCACAUGCACCACGACCUCAACCCACCUGUCGUCCACCCGAAUAUGCGGUCCGACUCCGUGUUCUUGACGGAUGAUUAUGCGGCCAAGGUCAACUGCUUCGGAUCUCCUCUGGUUGUUGGCGUGUUUCUCUCUCUCUUCCCCUGAUUACUUAACACUUGGUUUCUUUCUCGCAGAUCGCUGAGAUUGGAUUCUGGAAGGACGUCGCGGCCAGGGGAAGGAGAGUCUCUGGGGACGACGACUCCGCCUUCUCCGAGUCUUCCUCCACUCAUCCCGAGUGCAAUGUCUACGAUUUCGGGCUACUUAUGCUGGAGAUCAUCUCAGGGAAACACCCUUACAAUGAGGAACAGGGCUCCUCUGUCGUCGGCUGGGUGAGUUCCGAUUUCUCAUUAGGGUUCUUCUUAUUUCCGAAUCUCUCGAUCUGGGUCGAUGAUUUCUGAUCUGGGUUUUCUCUCGAUCAGGCGGCGGAGUUCUUGGAGGAUCGCCGGAGCAUCGGGUACAUGAUCGAUCCCACGCUGAAAUCCUUCAAGAACAGCGAGGUGGAGGUGGUGUGCGAGAUGAUAAAGGGAUGCGUCAAUCCGGACGCGAAGAAGAGGCCGACCAUGCGAGAGGUCACCGCCCGGCUGAGGGAGGUGAUCGCCAUCUCGCCGGAGUCGGCGACCCCUCGGCUCUCCCCCCUCUGGUGGGCGGAGCUCGAGAUCCUCACCGAGGCAAGUUGA